UAAAAUAUAGAGCAGAUCCAAUCGUUAGGGCUUUCAAGAGGGCGGCGUGAGGUUGCAGCCUGCUUUGCGUAGUGCCUACACAGCUGCGCGGUUUGAUUUCUGGGGUUGCUGUCUAUCUCCUUCGUGCGUUUUUUCAAAUCCCUAGUUUUACAAGUAGUACCGGCGCGCAAGAAUCGUGUAAUCGGAGUUCCUUCUCGGAAACCCUUUCAUCUGUUUGGGUAGGAGGGUGUUUCCUGAGACUGCUGAUAAGAUGGCUGCUAAUAAACUAUCUACGGAGGCAAUUGCUUUAACCGAGAAAAAAAUGGACAUGACGUUAGACGAUAUUAUUAAAAUGUCCAAGAAAGCUCCUUUUAAAGGCAAACAGGCUUCUAGGACUUCGAAUAAAAAUCAGGGGUUUUUGAAUGACCGUGUUGCUCAACGUAAUGCCAAAGUCCAGAGGUUUAUGAAUACAAGAUCAGCCAUUAGGCAGGGUGUGCUUGCUCAGAGACGAACAAACUUUAAAGGGAAUCAAUUCCCAUUGACCACAGAGGUGGCAAGAAGGGCUGCUGUUGUGCCUAUUCGCAAUAGGGCAGUCAAUCCAAGCAAGCAAAGGGUUGCAGCUAUUCCAAUUCGAAGAAAUGCUGGUGAUGGCAAUUUUGCUGGAAAGAAGCAAACUGCGAAUAACAAGCAAAAACCAAGGACCUUGGAUGCUCUCUUUGCAGACAUGAAGGAGGAGAGGAUGAGAACUAUUUCCCAGCAGCAGGUGGGGCGUGGCCGCGGUCAAGCCGGACAAAGACGCGGUCGUCAGAACCAACGGCAGAGAGGAUGGAUCGGGGCAGCAAGUGGCAGUUCCGCUGUUCGAUAUGGGACUCAGUUUGGCAAUUCUGGAAGAUGAAAUAACUGAAUCCUGUUGAAUGCCUUCUGAGGCCUUACACCAUGGGGCCAAUUUCAUGCUGGACUGCACAGAUCUGUUACUGGUCAGUUUCAACAUUUUCUUCUAUGUUAGCACUGUUGUGAUUUGCAGGUUUGGUUUGGUAUUCCUUAUUUUCGAUGGACUAAACUUUUUUUUUUUUUUUUCCUUUAUAAACAUAUUUGUAGAAGUUUGAGUUGCAAUUAAUUUCCAGUUUUCUUUCACUCAA